UUCAGUCGUGCGUUUUAGCACCCCGGCCGUUUCAGCACUUUGUUGGAGGGACAGCUCCCGCGCCUCAGACCUGCUUUGGCAGAUGGUCAACAUCUUCCGUGCCAUUUCAGCAAAGUGAUCAUUGUACAAAUCCCCGAGUAGCAAUGGACGACAUUUUAGAUAACUUAUCUUUUACUGGACAUUCUGUCUUUUAUAACUUUACUGAUGAUUGGAUACCUGAUGGAAGGGAAACUAUUGAUUUUAUUAUACGAUGUGUCAUACCGACUGUGUAUAUUCUGAUCAUAACGAUUGGGUUGUUGGGGAACAUUACCUUGGUUAAGAUUUUUAUCACCAACAGUGCAAUGAGGAGCGUCCCCAACAUAUUUAUUUCGAGUUUGGCAGCUGGGGAUCUUUUGCUUUUGGUCACUUGUGUUCCAGUGGAUGCAUUCAGAUACUUCUUUGAGGAGUGGAUCUUCGGUGUUGUGGCUUGUAAACUAAUUCCGGUCAUUCAACUCACCUCAGUCGGAGUCUCAGUGUUCACUCUCACGGCUCUCAGCGCUGACAGGUACAAAGCCAUAGUGAAUCCUAUGGACAUCCAGACAUCCAGUGCUGUGUUCUGGACGUGUCUGAAAGCCGUGUCCAUCUGGGUGAUCUCCGUCCUGCUGGCGGUGCCCGAGGCCAUCUUCUCCCAGGUAGUACACAUCCAGGACAAGAACGUGACCUUCACCGCCUGUGUGCCCUAUCCCCUCUCCAACGAGAUGCAUCCCAAGAUCCACUCUGUCCUCAUAUUCCUGGUGUACUUCCUGAUUCCCCUGUGGAUCAUCUCUGUGUACUACUACCACAUCGCCAGGACGCUAGUCAAGAGUGCUCACGACAUGCCUGGGGAGAUCAGUGAGCACACUAAGAGACAGAUGGAGACGAGAAAACGGCUUGCCAAAAUUGUUCUGGUUUUCGUGGGCCUCUUCGCUCUCUGUUGGUUCCCCAACCACGUCUUGUACAUGUACCGCUCCUUCAACUACCGUCAGAUCGACUCUUCCCUGACCCACCUCAUCAUCACCCUGCUAGCCCGGGUGUUAAGUUUCUCCAGCUCCUGUGUCAACCCGUUUGCCCUCUACCUACUGAGCGAGAGCUUCCGCAGGCACUUCAACAGCUCCCUGCACUGCAAGAGGAAGCCCCACCACGAGCGCAACACCAGCUACCUGCAGAGCACCUCAGCCAUAAGAAUGACCUCCAUCAAGAAGACCACCCCUACAGUCUUCAACGGACAUGGCAACAGGCAGGAGGUCUCUCUGUAGGUUUAGGAGUGGCACCAAAAAAAGAUCAUGUGCAAAACUUUACAAGGUGGACUAUUCUGAAAAGGACAUGCAUGUGUGCUCAACAGAAAAUGCUUGGCUUGAAGCUGCCUUGUCUAUACAUUUCCCACAAUGCUACAUAUUGCUGCAGAGGAGAUGGUCACAUAUGAACUGAAAGUAUUGAACUGACAUGCUUGUCAACAAAUCUGUCGUAAACACUGGUAUCCACAAUGUUCCACUUUUCAUGUUUUUUGGUCAAUCUGAUGCAUGUAUCAUUUCACAGAGUUUGUAUAGAUAUACUGUAUGCUGUCUGUGACACAUACUACCCAAACUCCAAACCUAAAGAGCAGGCAAUUGCUUUUACAACAGGAAAUCUGUCCAUGCACUUAAAAACAACAUUAUAAUGGCUCCCAAGGGGGCACGGGAGUUAAGGGUAAUUUCAACAAAAAUCAUAAUGUCCCUUUAAGUAAUUAUUAUUUCCCUCAAACAUCUGCCUGAAAGUGGAUAGAAGUGCCAAAGCAUACAGAGGGGACCACAGGAAAUGUAUGCUGGAAAUGAAACCAACAUUUACCAAGUGUUGAUGGGAACCUGCAUGCCACUAUUUCAGGGCAGCUAGAUGAUAAACACCAUACACAUUUGUUCAUGAGAAAUACAUUCACUUUGAUAAUGCCAUUUACUGUGCUAUGUUGUUUGAAUGUUUAUCUUCAGAUGCUCAAUGUGACACCAAUGUAUGCUGUUUUGUUAAGUAAAACAUGUCCCAGUACGUUGAACUGCAAAUGCUGCAGCAGUGCUGUAGAUUGUAUAAUAUUGUGUUGUUAUUUUGCAAACUUUGACCAUUCCAUGCACAGCAUAGCUUCAUUGAACAUGUAAAGGAAUACGCUCUAAGAAUUAGUGUGCUUUCUGAACAUGAUUAAUCAUGCUCAAUUACAGUCAAUUACAUUUAAAGACAUGCUUCUAUACUUUGGAAACUAGUAAGUAUUUUUAAAACUUUGGGCUGGAUGUGUCAAUGUGUAGUUCAUUCAUACAUAAUCUAUGAGCAGAAUUACUGUCUGACCUCAAGAAGCCACGAAAUCCCUAAUUUGAAAGCGACUGUUUUCUGUAAACUGUAGGAUCCAUUUCCCUACAUUUACCCCCACGUGGACAAGCUCCGUAGCAAUUUGAGUUCAGUCAAUGAGUUUCAGCCCUUUGCUAUUUGAGUGACAGUUAGCAACGUGUACACACAGUAGAGUAAGAGAUAGAGAGCAAUGACGUGGUGCACAUAUCUGUACACUUGUGACGGAGUAUGCGAUAUUCGGGGGACCCUUUUUGGCUCCUGAGUGCUACUUUUAGAACUACUGGCUAAGAAGUAUACAAAGUACCAGAGAAUAUCUUUAAUUACACUUAUCACUCAGGAGAUCAUGAUUACUGGAUUAAACCAACUAACACUUGACACAUUAACGUCCUCAAUCAAAUCCUAUCUCUUCCUCUUAAACAGAAAAUCUGACAUUUUUUAAACCAAAUCAAUCUGUUUAAUAGGCUGCAUUUACAUAGGCAGCCCAAUUUGAGUCUUUUGCUCAAUUAUUGGCAAAAGAGCUGAACUGAUGUGGAAAAAGAUUAGAAUUGGGCUGCCUAAAUGCAGCCUUAAGUGACAUUUCCUGAUACACUGAUCUCAAGUGAUAAGUCAACAGGUCCCUCAAUGGAAAAGAGAUCUGUGUCCGUAACAACAGAGAAAAGUAAAUGGCUGAGUCUACAGCUAUUUUCUAUCGUCUGUCCCCUUUUCAGUGCCAUGGAAAUAUAGCUGUGUUAUUCUACCAUAGUUCUCGACUCCUUAAUCUUUUGUGAUACCUUGAAACACUAUGUACAAUGUACAAUGAAAAAUGAAUUUGUGUUUGAAAUUCUUCAUCUUAUAAAAGACCUCGUCGCUAUCGACGCAAUGUGAUACUACGCCCACCUCUUAAUUUCUGUGGAUUUACAAUGUUUGUUGAACUGGAACGGGAUCCUCCAAGGCUCCUGCUGUUUGUCUGUGUGAUAAUAUAUCCACAGCAUGUAAUAUCAUCACAACAAAUGUGAAAGUAUGUCAUGUUAAAUGUGCCAGGUGAAAUUGUCUGUGAACAAUUGUAAUGUUAUGAUAUGUAUGCUUUCAUUCAAAUUUGUUCUGCUUAUGAAUUACAUAUUAUUUGUGGAAUAUUGCUAUUUGACAUGCAAAUAUAUACUUUGUGUUGCUAUUACAUUAUUACAUAUAAUAUAAAUGUGAUGCAAUUAAU